AUGAGAUAUCAACUCUUCUCCGCAGCCAUACUCCUAGUUGGCGUGGUGCCUGCGCUCACUGCCGUCCUGCCACCGAGACAGGCCCCUGAUGCGGCAGAUGGGGUGACCACCAUCACCAGCCCGGGAGGCUCACAAAUUCGAUUCAAAGAACCCGGUAAGGAGGGAAUCUGUGAAACCACUCCAGGAGUGAACUCCUAUAGUGGUUACAUUGACAUCGCUCCUGAUGUGCACGUCUUCUUCUGGUUCUUUGAAUCGCGUCGAGACCCCGCCAAUGACCCUGUUACCCUCUGGCUCAAUGGAGGGCCUGGGUCUGACUCCCUAAUUGGUCUAUUCGAGGAGAUCGGACCCUGCGAGGUUGUUGAGAACAUGACUACGGUCUUGCGGGAUUACUCCUGGACUGAGAUCUCCAACGUGUUAUUUCUUUCACAACCCGUUGGAACAGGUUUCUCUUAUAGUGAGAAAGAGGUGGGUUUCCUUGACCCAACCUACCUUCUCGUAGACAAGGAAGCCGAAAGCCCCGACGAGAGAGAGGGCCGCUGGGCAGUCAUAGAUCCUACAAAGGAGGAUACUAGUCGACUAGCUGCCAUUACCUGCUGGGAGGUUCUGCAAGGCUUUUACGACGCUUUGCCGCAGCUGAGCCCGUCCAACAUCUCCUCAAUCGACUUCCAUCUCUGGGCUGAAUCGUUCGGUGGACACUGGGGUCCUGCAUUUUACACCUUGUUCAACGAGAAGAACUCGGAACUUGACGAAAACACCACCACGGGUCGGAAGCUCAACUUGAAGAGUCUUGGUAUCGUCAACGGCAUCGUAGACGAGCAUGUCCAGACACGGUAUCUGCUUGACUUCACAAGAGCCGAGAACAACGGCUAUGGUGUAGACCUCAUCAACGACACGAUCUAUGAGUACGGCAAGUGGAACCGAGAUCGUCCUGGUGGUUGCCAAGAGAAGCUCGACUACUGCGACUGGCUCGAGAGAGACUCCAUUGUUCGUCGUUCGGCUUGCUCGGCCGCUCAGUUCAUCUGCCAAUCUGAUGUUGAGGGCAUGUUCUACACUUUCAACUUAGAAGGUCGCGGCACAUACGACAUCCGCUUCCGCUCUGGAGAAGAUGUCCCACCCAACUAUUGGCGACCGUACUUGAACACAGGGCCAGUCCAAAACGCACUCGGUGUAGACCUCAACUACACGUCGAACAAUCUGCUUUACACAGCUUACACCCUCUCAGGAGACUUCGCUGUCGGCUAUCUACCUGACAUUGAGAAGCUGCUCGAGCUAGAUGUUCAAGUGUCUCUGGUGUUCGGGGAUGCGGACUACAUCUGUAACUGGAUCGGCGGCGAAGCUCUUUCACUCGCCGCUAAUUGGUCUGGUGCAGAGGACUUCCGCGAUGCAGGCUACACCGAGUUGACGGUUGACGGCGUCGCAUACGGUGAAACGAGACAAUACGGAAAGCUCAGCUUCACUCGUGUCUGGAAUGCUGGCCAUGAAAUUCCCUACUUCCAACCUUCUGCAUCCUUUCAGAUCUUCAACAGAACCACCAAUCGCUUCGACGUUGCUACUGGCGAAGUUGAGAUUACGCCUGACAGCACUUUCAAGACCAACGGCACGGCUAAGACGACAAAGACCACUACGCUCCCGCCUUUGCCUGCACAGACCCAGGCGUGA